UUUGUAGUGUGAUAAUUGCAUUCAAACUCUUCGCACAAAUCCCUGAUGGCAUUUGCUAGAAUAAAAAAGACUUUGAGGUGAGAAUAUUAUUGUAAUAUUUAUCUCAUUUUGCGCCUUUCCUUUUUUUCAUCUUCUUUAGUUCAAAUUGAACGUUUAGGAGUCUAGUCUUGAAAUCAAAAGAUAUCGAAAUCUCAUUACAGGGCGAUAAUAAAAAUGAAAGGAAACAUUGUGGUUUUAACUCUUAGUUUCACGGGCACAGUGUUACUGAUUUCACUGAUCGUCGCUAUGAAAAUCUCUGUCAGUCAUCACAUCAUGAGAGACAAACAAGACACAAAAAUGCAGUCUGUGUUGGAAACAUUUCGUGAGCGUAGGGAGGUGAGCAAAGGAAAUUCCAUCAUAAAUAGCUGUUUCGAACCUAAACUAUUUAAGCCGAUGAUGAUCCAUCAGAACAGAACUUCCGGUUACGAUUUCAGGAAGGCAACAAUGAGAUUGAACGACGAGAAAGUCGCCGUGGACGACAGUCGAUUGCUCAGCUUAAUCAGGAACUACUGGAUACAGAACCCGUCUCUACAACCGUACAAAUUCUACGACAACAAGGUAGACUAUUCGUCAGGACAGUCCUCCCUUGUAGACACUAUCUUGGGUAAUAAGGAAAGGGGUUUCUAUGUGGAAUGUGGAGCAUACGAUGGUGAAACACAGUCAACAACGCUGCUCUUCGAGAGAUACCGGAAGUGGCAGGGAUUGCUAAUAGAACCCGACCCUCAGAACUACCAAAAGCUGAUAUACAAACAUAGGAUGGCUUUCACCAUCAACGCUUGUCUCAGUCCCUUUCCUUAUCCAGUAAUGAUGAGACUUGAAAGAAAAGGUUUAUAUUCAAAAGUCGUGUUGAAUACAUCCACGUCUAAGGGAGCCGAAGAGACUGACGUCCAGUGUUUUCCGUUACAUUCCAUCCUCCUGGCCCUGAAUUUACAAGCAGUGGAUUUUAUCAGUCUAGACAUUGGCGGACUGGAACUGAACGUUUUGCAGACGAUGCCCUUGAAUUCAACUAAUAUUGAUGUCAUAUCUAUUUCUUGUGACUACUGCAGCGAGAAAAAUGAAGCUGGCAUUAAGAAAUUCUUACAAAACCACGGGUUCGGUGUAGUUUCUAAGCUUGAAAAUUAUGAUGUGUCAUCAAAAGACUUUAUUUUUCAACGCCGGUAACUAUUAUAAAAAUAUUUCGAUUGUGUUAUCUUUGUAGAGCUAGUUGAAAGUUUAAAGGGACGCGAGUUAUCACUUCACGAUCAAUGCAACAAAAUGAAAACCAAUCUGGGAAUUUCCAAUUAAUUUUGGUCAAUGUUGGAAAAUAAAUUGUUACACAUGGGGGUGGGGGGUGAAUAUAAGUGGCUCCCAGUCACCCAUAAAGCUCGAAAUUAUUCAAUCAUUCCAUGAAUUAAAUUAUUAUGUGAAAAAUAAUCUUUAAACUGACAAAUUUUCACCAUACAAACAUGUGGUAUGAUGUUCAGUGUCUUUCAUUUACUUGCGCGGAGGUUUUGUGAAAAUAGUGCAAAAUUUAUUCAUGUAGCUCGUAUUUGAUAUUUUGUUAAAUCUUGUUAUCUCGUACAACCUUUUUUGUUAACAACAGAAUAUCCUCGUUGUUAUAAGUACUGAAUUAACAAAUUGAAAAUUGUCAGCUGGAGAAAAUUCUACCAUGGAAGUAAGGAACACGCAGGGGGCGUGGCUAAAAUUCGAAAGAAAGAAAAAGCCAAUGUCAUUUGUUGACAUACAUUGUAAUAGAUUCUUUUGUUAUAUGCAUUAGGAUACACGGUGGUACUUACAUAUAUUGCAUCAAGUAAUGUCUCAUGUUAUGUACAUUGUCUAAGCUCAUACUACUAGUAUUACUGUAUAUUAUGUGUGAACCAUAUGAAACCAUAUUGCACAUAUAAACAUGACAUGUUGAUCUAGUACCAAUGCACCGUCCCGUGGUAUCUUUUGCAUUACAGUGGAGUUAAUCAUAUGUACUUAU